CAGGUCCUGGUGAAGAAGAAGAAUCGAGUGAAAGGGAUGCUGCACUCGAUACUGGCACCGCUGAUGAUAAAAAUCAUGUGGGUUUACAAUUCAUCCCUUCCUCCUGGAAGUUGUUGUGUCGGAAAACUUUGGCUUUAUUAACUCUAAAAGCUAGAAAUCUUUUCCUGGAUCCAGAGGGUACGGCAUACUACAAUUGGAUGGGUGCAAUGACAGUAGCUAUUUUUUACAACUUUUGGGCCAUCAUCCUUAGAAUUGCUUUCCUAGAAGUACGCUCUGAGCCAUUAUUUUGUACUAUUUUGUGGCCUUUGGACAUGGUGACUGAUAUUAUGUACCUCAGUGAUAUAUGGCUACAGCUACGAAAAGCCUUUCGGGAUGAUCAAGGAAUUAUGAUAAAUGACCCCAUUAAAAUGGCGCUGAAUUACACAAGUAACUUGGUGUUUGUCACGGACGUGUUAUCAGUCAUUCCCUCGGAAACAAUUGGUUUGCUUUUGUCAGGAGACCAUUCACCGUUAUUCCGUAUCCCCCGGUUAUUCAAGUGGCAAUGCAUCGUAGAAUUCUUUGAAGUCAGUGACCUGCGAACCAGUAAACCAAACCGCCUCCGAGCAUUUAAACUAACUCUUUACUUGGGAAUGGCAAUUCAUUGGGUUGCCUGUGUGUAUUAUAUGAUAUCUGAAUACGAAGGACUGGGUUCUAAUAGUUGGGUGUAUCCGGCAGCUAGCGGAAAGGAUGGGAGAUUCUCAAGAAAAUACAUCAAGUCCCUUUAUUGGUCCAUAUUGACGCUCACCACAAUAGGGGAGACACCAGAACCUAUUACUAACUUGGAGCACGUGUUCACCAGCUUCAUGUUCUUACUCGGUAUCUUUGUGUUCGCUGCUGUGGUCGGUAACGUUGGUGACGUCAUCAGUAAUAUGAAUGCCGCAAGGACAGACUUCCAAAUCAAGAUGGAUUACAUCAAAUGGUUCAUGGAGCAUCAUGGAGUACCAGUGAGUGUACAGCAACGAGCAAAGAAAUGGGCUUAUUAUGCUUGGAGUCGGGCCCAUGCCUUCCAUGAAGGUGACGCAAUGGACAUGCUUCCACAGCGCUUAAGAGCAGAAAUAGCCAUCCACGUACAUCUGGCAACACUGAAAAAGGUAAAAAUUUUCAAGGAUUGCGAUGAAGGUUUGCUGUGUGAACUUGUUCUUAAGCUACGCCCUCAGAUCUUCUCUCCUGGAGACUAUAUCUGUAGRUGUCGAGAAAUAGGACGAGAGAUGUAUAUUAUAAAUCGCGGAAAAGUUGAGAUUAUUGUACCAGAUGCUACAACUGGAGAACAAGUUGUAGUUGCGUGCUUAGCUGAAGGAAAUUACUUUGGAGAAAUUAGUUUACUAAAGCUGGAUGGAGGAAGAAACAGACGAUCAGCAGAUGUGCGUUCGGUUGGGUAUUCAGAGCUGCUCUGUCUGUCACAGAGAGACUUAAUGGAGGCACUUGAAGAGUAUCCCGAUGCCAAAGCUGUUCUGGAAAUCCAAGGGAGAGACAGGCUACAGAGGACAAAGUCCGAGGCUCUUAAGCUACCCGGCAAUAGAGCAGAUAAAAAGGAAGAGUUACAGUUAAAYUUCGCGAGAGAAAUCAAAGAAAUUCAAGACGUUAUUGAAGAGCUGCGCAAAGCACACGAGCUGGAAUAUAGUCAACAAAUAACAAAAGAACAAAGUUCGGAAAAUAUGCAACUAGCCAAUAGAACUCAAAAGCUGGACAAAUUACAAGAGCGGGUUUCUGCUCUUUCAAGUAGUACUUCAUCAGAGACGCAAAGCUCAACAGAAACGAUUACCGUAAUAAACAAUGAUAAUAAGGACGUAUCAGAUAGUCAAACAAUACAAAACAUUCGAUUGACGUCAAGUGGUGUGACGCAAUCGCAUAUUACAAACCAAUCAACAAUCAGAUAUCGAAAUCGACAAUCGGCGGAAAAACUGCUGACCAGAAUCCUCAGAGUUGCGCAGGAAGCCGCGAGCAAACGAAACGAAGAAAACCCUAAACCUGUGGAAUGUAACAUAACGAAACGCGAAGAAACAGAAUUUUUAAAACGUGAUGAAAGACUGCGAGUGCUGAAUUCUUCUCAUCGUUGUACUGAUUGUGCUGGAAAUGAUGUUGAGGUGACACACACUUCUCCACCAAGCUCGAAAGAAAGGAAUGUUGUAUAUCAAACAAAAGUAUGCUUGACGCCCAAGAUCACCUUAGACAACGACAUCGAUGGUCACUGCUGUCUACAGCCACACAGAAGGUAUUCUAUUUCUUUACCAGUUGAAACAAAAGAGAAUGGGGCGAUGUCCUGCAAUAGUUCUUGUCCUCAUUACCACCAGAUUUGAUUACAAGAAAUAAAAUACCUGAUCUUAAUAAUGUAUCGAUAUCAAUACUAAAAUUAACUUAUAAUAAAAUAAAAUAUAUAUAAUAUCAGAAUUAAAUACUCGGUAUUAAAAGAACUCUAAAACCUCUAAAGCGAGUAAUCUGAUAGCUUGUAUAUAUUGUAGGCGUUCCUGGUUGGGGAAGGGAAGAUUAAGAUGAAGGAGAACGUUCCAGCCAGGAACGACUAGCAUGCAAGGGGCCAGUAAAGUGAUUAAGCAAAUUUCUAAUCAAGUAAAGUUUUAAUUUCCUAAAACACAUUAAACGUCGAACAGUGUCAUAUCAUCAGUACGCCUGAUAUCCUAAUCAUCCAUGGUACUGGUAGUAAUAAUACAUAAAAUAUAAUAUAAGUGUAAAUAAAAAUAUGAUGUAAAAGAGAAUUAUCAUGUUAAGAAUAUAUAAACACUCAUAAAAUAACUAUGUCGAUGUGAGUAAA